GAACAUCAAGAUCUGGAAGAUCUGUAACACUGCUGUAGCACCAGCUAUCUUGAAUGUCGUAUGUCGACCUGGGCACCAAGAGCUGCUCUUCUAAAAGGAUUGAAGCGGCAGCUGCUGGACUGCACCCUUAUUGCCAGUGCACCACACAGACAAUCACAUCUGAGGGGCACACAUGCACCGUAUAUGAUAGAAGGGGGCUGGAAAGGAGGGCAUGUAUGCCUUACACCAACCAGCAAAAUGGUGCUGACAUACCAUGCCCGACCAUCAUUCCAUAGCAGUAGGCGGCCUUUCAGCUUCAACUACUCUUCAGGGUAUUCCAGCUCUUGUCGCAGUCAGUCCAAUUCUCCUGCAAUGAAGAGGGCCCAGAGUAUAGCACACCCGCGAUAUGUCCUGCAGCAGAACCUUGCCAAGUGUGCAAGGGACGCAGAGGCCUCCAAUACACACUUCCCAAGCAAGGAGAACUUGGACGAGGUGGAAGUCAUUCUGGGGUACACCUUUCAAAACAGCCAGUGGCUUCUGCGGCUAGCUCUCACGCACUGCUCUUUGUACUCAAACAGCGCUGCAAGCAGUCUGGCAUGGAUGGGAGAUGCAGCCCUCCAUAUGGUGGUCACUGAGCAGCUCACAGCCACCUACUCCACUGCAGAUGUGGGAGAUCUCACAAUGGCCCGUGCACGACUGAUAUCACGGGAGACAUGCACAGAGAGGGCCAAAGCAAUGCAGCUACAUAAAUACAUGAAGGUUGGCAAAUCAGUGCUGUCAAAUACGGGGAUGAGUGAUGCCAUGAUCGCUGAGAUGUUUGAAGCGACCCUUGGAGCUAUCUACAUCGACGGCGGCUUAGAGAGCGUGAGGGCAGUGUAUAAUCAUCACUUUCCCUUGCCAGAGUCAAUCAGACAUGUGCUGAAGCCGCCUGUAUGAUAUACUGUAGUCUUGCCAGCUGCCUUCUUUGCAGCCUGUGCCAUACUCUUCACACUCCAGGGAGGCAGGCAAGACUGUUGUUAUCAGGCAGCAUCCUGAAUUUUGAGAUGAGCAAGUAGUGGCUGAGUGUGUUGAUGGAGAGUAGCAGGGUGACUUACUAAGGUUUUUAGAUUUAUUAGAUUCAUCCUAGUAGGAUAAAUCACUUAUCCUGCUUAAACUCAGCGCAGCGCUAGCAAACCGGUCUGGUGCCACGAGUAUGAACUCAUGAAUAUGAUCUUUUAACUCUCUCAAAAAGCUUCAUGAACUCUUCAUAAGCUUGAGCAACCGGAAUUUUGAACCAGGUCCAAUAAGCCCAACAUAUAGGUUGAAAGAGCCCGUCUGGGAGUGCAUUGAAAAAUUGAAACUGUGUAAUCAUGGCGACACAG